AUGGAAGAACAAACGAAAGAAUUGAAGCAGAAUUUGACGAAGAGAAGAAUUGAAGAGCAGAAGCAAGAGGAUCAAGCUCAUUUUGCACCUGAUUACUACAUCUGCAAUCCAUAUACCAAGCAAUGGACUGCUCUUCCUCCCACCUCUCGAGUUCAUCGGGGACCAGUACUAACAGGAUUCACGUGCGACCAUCCCUACUAUUACCGUGAGGAACUUGUUGGUAACCGAACAAGUUCUAAUAACAUCAAGCUUAAUGCUGAGUACAAGUACAGGGUUGUGCGAAUUCCUGCAGUUCAAAAGAAUUGUUUGGAGUUCACAGUGGAAAUCUACUCUUCUGAGACUAGUGAAUGGAGAGAGCGUUGCUUACAAAUCAGUGGCCUUCUUAUUGGGGUGGAUCCGUUCAACAACAUUAACCGCACUAUUUUGACCGGUGCUAGUGCUAAUACUACUGGUGAUAUUGUCGUCAACAACGAAUUAUGUCGUUUCGUUCAAUUCCAUAAGCCCGAAUACAACAUUGAACGUGUUGAGUGCCUAGGUGUGUGUCAAGGGCGUCUGCGAAUGUGCCAUUUUGAUCUGGAGGAUCCCUACCAAAGUGGCAUUGUGUGUGUUUGGGAGCCGAAAGAAGUCGAAGAAGAAGAUGAUCAGAAGGCGGAUGGAAUUGCAGGCAGAUUGAUGAAAUGGCGUUUGAUUAAAAAGGUUAACCUGAAGGAAAUAUUGGUUGCGGAAAAUUCUGACUUGCUCGAUGGCAGGCAAUGUCGAAAAGGACGGUGCUUUGCCAGGGUAAGGGCUUUUGACACAAACGAUGAGGAUAUUUUGUAUAUAGAAUUGGAAGGAGAUAUUGUAACAUGCAACUUUCGUACAAGAACUUCGUUCGAGAGAGAGAGAAUCAGGACAAGAGAUGGAAUUGAUGAUGAGUUGACAAAGGCCUUCCCGCUUUUGCUCCCACGUUGGCCCACACCACUUCCUAAUUAA